AAAAAAUGUUCAUAUAGAUUAAAUAUUUUAUUGCUCUAUUAAUUUGUUCGAGCAGCCAUGUUGGCAGUAGUAUACUCCCUGUUGUUUUGAAUUCUGUCACCGGUUGUGCACCGCUUGGAAACGGUUCUAGAUUUUUAGUUAUUUGAGUAAAUUGUAAACAGAAGAGGCAUUUUACAAAAGUGGCAGAGACAACAAUAAGUGGUGGCUGACACAAAUUUCAGCUUAACAUGAAUAGCACUGUUUGCCAAACUCCGCCUAGUCAAGGACUCCUGAGUGCUGAAUUGCGAUCAUUGAUAAACGAAAGGAACAUAUUGACAACAAAGACUCGUAUCAAAGUUUUGAGUGAUCUGGAUGACGUGAGCCGUGAUACUCACCGUUUGAAACAAGAUGAAAGAGAAAGACAUUUACGAGCCAAUGCAAUUCAAGAAAUUUUGACGUCUGAGGCUUCUUACCUUCAGCAACUUGAGACUAUCAUGAAGUUCUUUAUGGAACCUCUGAGGGUCAAAGACUUUGUCUCUCAAGCAGAAUGGAAUGCAUUAUUUGGCAAUGUUGAGACUUUGUAUAAAGUUAAUGGAGCUCUAUUGGAUGAGUUAAAAGUUAAUCCUGAAAAUGUUGCCGCAGCCUUUUUAAAGCUGGCACCUUAUUUUAAACUAUACUCAGUUUAUGCUUAUGACUAUAAGCAAAUUGUUAGCAUUUUGCAGGAAGUGCAUCGAAGUAAUCCAAAACUUGCUACCUUCAUAUCAGGACAAGAGACUCGCCCUGAAGUGAGCAACAAACUGGCAGCACUCUUAAUUGUGCCUAUUCAGCGUAUUCCUCGCUACCGUUUGCUCCUGCAGGAAGUACUGAGUCACACCACCCCAUUUCAGCAAGAUUAUUAUACUCUCCAGAAUGCUCUCCAAGAAGUGGAAAGAACAGCUAGACACAUUAAUGGACUAGUUCAAGAACAAGAAAAUAUGGAGAAAAUGAUUCAGCUCCAGAAAAGUUUACAUCAUGGUAGACCUGGAAUAAUCACUCCAGGCAGAAAAUUCAUCAGAGAAGGAAUUUUGAUGAAGGUCUCAUCAAAUGGUAGAAGACCCUUGCCUCGGUACUUUAUUUUAUUCUCCGAUAUGCUUAUCUACUGCAUUAUUAGAUCUGGUAAAACACCCUCUCAACCAGGGGCCUUAAAGUGUUGUUGUGUGCUACCUCUCAAAAGAUGUAUAGUUCAACCAGUAAUGAGUCAAGGUGUUCUUCGGUUAUCAUGCCAUGGAGAAACUUUAAUCUUAUUCUCUGCUUGUGUUGAUGACACUAAAAAGUGGCUUGAAGCACUUCAGCAAGCUUUGAAACAGUAUCAUGCCAAUUUAAAUACUUUGCGGAAAGAUAGCAGUGCAAGACGCCCAAUGCGACGUAGAGACAUUCUCAACGCUACGCAUGAAAGUCCCAGUCAACUUGUGAUGUCAUCAAACCGGAAGCGACCUCAUGCUGACCAUGAUGAUCAGAUUACAAGCCCUCAAAUAACAAUUUCAUCACCAACCCCAGGCAAUUUGUUGACACCAGACACUCCUGACCAGAGAAUGCAGAGCUGUUUUCCAGAUUGUAGACCUAUCAAGGUGAAGCGGUUGUUAUCACAUUUUCAACAAGCUCCCCCUCCUUCUGUUACUCCUCUGAAGCCCACCAUUUCUUAUCCUCUUCGGAGCAGCCUCAGGACAAGAAAUGCAUCCUCAUGUCGAGAUGAGCGUCGCAGAGUCACAAUUAUUUCACCUCGAGGCACUGUGUCUGGAAAAGGUAGCUACAACCAGGAUGAUCAUGGAAAUGGUUGUGCUGAUAAACUUGCAACAGCAUGUCAGUCUACUACAAGGGAGCCUGUUGCUGAAAGUGGGGAUUCAUCAAAGAUUUUAUGUGAUAAUGUUGGGGCACUGCAAAAACCCUCAGAUGAAGAAAGCUCUAGAGCUGGAAAUGAUGAUUCAGGUAAAGAAAACACUGUUGUGGCCUCAUGGUCACCUUUUGCUGGAAUUCAAGGUAUUGGAAAUUUGGUCAUGGGCAUUCACAAGGCCUUAAGAAGGUCUUUGAGACGCUCUCUGUUCAGAUUUACUCCUGAACUCCACCUUCAGUAAGGUCACAUUCUGGAUACUAAGUGCAUUAGAGGAAAUGCUAGCAAUGAACCAUUGCUGACAUUGCUUCUAACUACAAUGUGUUAAUCUGUGAUAGUGGAUUUUUAGGAAAGCUAGUGAUUCCUGUGGUAGCUUCCUUACAUCCCGUAUUCUAUGAAUUUCUGCCACACUUGUGGGAGACAUGUUUCCCACCAGAGCUUAGUCAGUCACUUACAAGACUUUUGUUUGCGACAAAAAUCUCUCUAGUUCCUGGCCUGUGGUGGGAAGCACGUCACCCUAAUAUGUCAAAUGUACUACUUUUAUUUUUCAUUGGCAUUGUCUAUUUUGAUUUGAGAAUCAUGGUAUUGUAAUUACUUUUUUGACUCAUUUUCUCACUUGGACUGUUAUUUCUGUUGUGCAUUUGUUUGCAAGAAAUUGACUGAAUUUUAAUAAUUUAUUAAAAACUUACCAAUACAACAAAUCAAGGAUAAAAUCUUUGCUUUGUUGGUUCUUAUUAUUAAGCUCUUUUUUGGAACUGUUUUAUUGUGAACUGAUUGGUCAUGAAAUUUCCAAAGUUUUCAGUUUUUCCAUGAAAGAAUCGACCCGUUGCUUUGACACAGGCAUUGUCCACCUAUUUUGAAAAAGGAAACAUUGAUAAGAUAAUACAUAAUCAUGUUUAGUUUGGGUUUCUAACUUUUUAAAAAUAAUAUAAGAUGUGUUCCACUUACUUUCCAUUCUCUUUGAAAUGAGUGCCAACGAUAGCACCAUUGGCAUAAGGAAGAUAUUUCUGUAAAUUUUGUAUAUUUAUGCCAGAUCCAAUUAAAACAGGUAAUGAGGUAUGAGCUGCAACCCCUAAAGUAAUUUUGAAAAAGCUGAAUUAGAUACCAAAAAUUUCUGUUUUUGCCAAUGCUUAGAAAGUGGAAUUUUUAAAAGAAAAAUUCACCUUUUACUUGGUCUUCAUCUGCAGCAUGACCUGUUGCAACACCUGUUAUUAUAAGUCCAUCACUUAAAAAAAAUUCUGCUGCAUGUGCAGUUUCUUCUACACUAACAUCUGCUGUAAUUGCAUGGGAGCUGAAAUUUUUUUGAGGAGUGGUCAGAAUUGUUCAAAGCAUUAGCUAAGAAAAUUUUACAACUAUCAGUUUUACCUAUGCUUUUUCUUUAUAUCUGUGAAAAUUUGUAUUUGCUCUGCAUUAAUAAAUCUUCUGUAUCUCAAUAA